GUUAUAUUUAGUUUGACAUGAAAUUAUGCCUGUGCAGAAUAAAUUUGAAUUUGAUAUGUCGCUCCCUUGGGUCCAGAGAUAUGUAAUUACAACAUGUCAGACCGUAUAUUGUAAUUUUCGUUAUAAGUUAAAGAAACAUUUUGAGCAGUUUUCAACAAUUGAGGAGGCAAUUGAAAACAAACAUGAAGCUGUCAAGACUCAGGAAGAAUGGGAGUUUCUUUGCACUCAUUUUUCUAGUGAAAAGUUUAAGAUUCGCUCAGAGAAGAAUGUUCUUAAUAGGUCAAAGUUGACAUAUCACCACAAAGCUGGGUCAAAAUCAUUUAUGUCACACCAAGAGCAAAUUGCAACACAGACUGGAGAGAUGCAAUGUGCAAUUGAUCGUUUUGAAACAGAGUAUAGAAGUACAAAAAAAGGAUGGGACUUGGGAGCAAAGGAAAAAUGGGAUCAAAUGAUAAAGAUGUGAGCAGAUACCACUCAACCUGAUGGAACUCGAACAAUGACAGAUGAGGAAAUUUGUGCAAAAGUUCUCAAAGUCAAAUCAGGCUACAUUAAGGGCUGUGGUUUUGGCCCUAGACCACCACCAUUAAGGUUCUCUCGUUCUUCAAUGAGUAAAAUGUCUGAAACGAAUAAAGAGUUGCAAGAAUAGCUUCAAGAGACCCA